AGCUCUGAAUGGUAGGUGGCGCAAACGUACUUAGUGUCAAGUUAUUUUGUAAACAAAACGUUUGCCAACAUCAAGGAACAUGGCUCGAAAUGCGGAAAAGGCUAUGACAACUUUGGCCCGUUGGCGUGCCGCCAAAGAAAUCGAGUCAGGAGAAAAGGACCGCAGGCCAUAUCUGGCAUCCGAGUGCCAAGACCUGCCGAAAUGUGAAAAGUAUCGUUUGGAAAUUAUACGUGAAAUUUCCAACAAAGUUGCUCAAAUACAAAAUGCCGGUCUUGGCGAGUUUCGCAUACGUGAUUUAAAUGAUGAAAUCAACAAGUUACUUAGGGAAAAGCGGCACUGGGAAAAUCAAAUAUCUGCUUUGGGAGGACCACACUAUCGUCGAUAUGGCCCGAAAAUGUUUGAUGCCGAGGGCCGUGAAGUGCCGGGCAACCGUGGGUAUAAGUACUUUGGUGCUGCCAAAGAUCUACCAGGCGUUAGAGAACUCUUUGAACAAGAACCUCCACCACCACCUCGUAAAUCCCGUGCCGAAUUAAUGAAAGAUGUCGAUGCAGAAUAUUAUGGUUAUCGUGACGAUGAUGAUGGUAUUCUAAUACCAUUGGAAGAACGCAUAGAACAAUUAGCUGUGCAAACCACAGUGCGUGAGUGGAAAGAAAAAAUGGCCAGAGAUGGUCACAUUGAUUUAGACGACGAGGAGGGAGAUGAAGACAUCUAUCCGUUAUCAAUACCUGCCAGAGAAGCUGCCGAAGAUGCCAAGAAAUCGGAGAAUUUCGAAAAAGAGGAUAAUCCUAUGGAAUUGCUGGCACCAAAAUUUACAGCUCAUGUUCCAGUACCCACGCAAAAGGAUAUCGAAGAUGCAUUGCUGAGGAAAAGAAAACAAGAAUUGCUGGAGAAAUAUGGAGGGGGUGCAGACUAUUGAAUAAUUUUGGGCGUAUUUAUAGUAGUGACCGAUUAUUUUUUUUUUUUAAUAAAAAAACAGUCUGUGUUUUUUUUAACUUUCUUAAAUUAA